AUGAGUGGUGAUCUGGAAGGUUGUUGUAGAUAUAGUACGAGCAAAGCUGGUAUGGAAGGUUUAGAUAAAGCCACAAUUAUGAAUAUUAUAUUGGAGAAUUCCAAAGGGUCAAAGUUUUAUGAAAAUGAACUGAGGCGGGAAAAAGCUCUUCGUCAACAAAUUGAACAAAAGCUUAAAGUUAUAAAAUCACUUACACCGGCGAUGUUAAAAAGUGGUGAAUUAGAAGCAGAUCACAUACUGAAAGAUUUAGGGCAGAAACGACGUUUUUCUCGAAUCAUUGUGCAUGUGGAUAUGGAUGCAUUUUAUGCAGCUGUUGAAAUACGUGAUCAACCCGAACUUAGACAUCAUCCAGUUGCUGUCGGUAGUAACAGUAUGCUAUCUACAAGCAAUUAUAUCGCUCGACGAUUUGGCGUACGUGCUGGUCUACCUGGAUUCUUAGGCAAAAAACUUUGUCCUCAAUUGAAAAUUAUACCGUGUGAUUUUGUAAAGUAUACUGCAGCUAGUCGUGUAGUACGAUCUAUUUUAAUGGAAUACAGUGUUUCUGCUGGGAGUGCACGAAAUUCCUGUGAAUCAGAUAAUAUUCCAUUUUCGGCGGUCAGUUUAGAUGAAGCGUAUCUAGAUAUAACAGAUCAUUUGGUAGACCGUUCUGAUUUUCCUGUUGAACGACGUACAUUUUGGCCUAGACCAGCACCUGGAGCACCUAUGUUGGUUUGUCGUUGUCGGUCACGUUCUAAACAUCCACAAUCUCAUCAUUUGAAUAGUAGCUGCACUGAUAACCAAUCCGAAAUUCUUAUAGAUGAUAAUUCUGAGAGUAAUUCUAAUUCUUGUCAAGAAACAGAUAAAUCAUCUGAUAAGCUAUCUGUACGUAUAAUAAAACCGAAAUACUCUGAUCCUGACCUAGAUGUAUGCAUUGAAUGUGGAUUACUUUGUAAAUCUGGUCGUCGAAUAUUUGGUUUAUCAGCUUGGGAAGCUGUUCGAGAAAUGCGAUUUCGUGUUUUUUGUGCCACCCGUCUUACUUGUAGUGCUGGUCUUGGUCCGAAUACAUUGAUUGCAAAAAUUGCCUCCGAUUGGAUAAAACCAUGUGGGCAACAUGAAAUCGCUAAUACAUUAGAAGCUGUCGAUAAAUUUAUGCAAACUAUGCCUGUGAGAAAAGUUCCAGGGAUUGGACAUGUUACAGAACGUCGACUAGAUGCUUUUGGAAUUAAAACAUGUGCUGAUUUAAUUGAUAAACGUGGUUUACUCUGGCAUGUAAGCACUAAAAUAUCAAUGGUUUAUUACAUGCGUAUUGCAUUAGGACAUUCUGAUGAUCGUUGGUUAAUUAAUGUAAAAAAUCAUUUUGAUGAGAAGUCAAAUAAACCUUUUGGAUUUAUUGAUAAUGAUUCAGAAAAUAUCGUUCCUUCUGCACAAGGUCAAGUAGAAUUGAAUAGAAAGAGUAUGAGUGUAGAAAGAACAUUUUCAGAUACAUCCGAUGAAAAUGAAUUAAUGCAUCGUUGUGAACAACUUGCUCAAAUGUUAUCAACUGAUUUAAAAGAGGAACAUGUCAAAGGUCAGUUAAUCACACUUAAAAUGAAAUUAGAUACAUUUGAAAUUCGAACAAGAUCACAACUCCUACCAGAUUACACUAAUCAUACAGAGAUUAUCAAUUCAUUCGGUCGUGAAUUAUUGCAUGAAGAAAUGGUAGCGUUUAAAUUGAAUACAGCUGUGAAUAAACCACUUACUUUACGUCUUAUGGGCUUACGCAUGUCCAACUUAUUACCAGUGGAAAUGUGUCCACAAAUUCGUCAACGUAGUGUUGAGGAAGCUUUUAUGUUUGCAAUAACAAGCAAUAAUACUAGUCCUGAAAAAAAUCCUAGUACAAUCUCUAAAACUCCGUUACACACUGAAACAUCUAUUAAAUCGCAUAACAUGAUAUCUUCACCUAAAUCAGUUGAAUCAACAAAAAAUAGACUGAAAAAGUUAACAAAAUCUAGUCAGAAAAAUGAUCGAAAGAAAAUGGUCGGUUGUAAUUCUUCUUCAUUGAUUACACAAUGGACUAAAUCUUCUUCAUUAACUAGAGAUAAUGAAAUUAGUUCACCGUCUUCAUCCAUCUCAUUAAAUUUAUCGCUUGAACCGUCAUUAUCAUUGUUAGCAUCAGCUUCAUCUUCUAAUAACAGCACUGGUUACUUUUUUACAUGUCCUGUCUGUGAUAAAGAUUUUCAAUUUUCUUCAGAAGAUAAGUUCAAUUAUCAUUUGGAUGAGUGUUUAAAUAGAUCAACUAUUUUAGAAGUAGUCAAAGAGACUUUGACUGAUAGAGAUUAUUGUUCAACUACUAUAUCACAGUCUAAUCACUUGAAUUCAUCAUCACAUGAUAUUGGUAUUCGAAAGGCGAAAUCGCAAAAACUUGAAUUUAAACAAUCCAAAAACAGUAACAUAUCAACAACGAAGACCAUGACGACAACAGUAACUUCUCAUGGACCUCUUGAUAAAUUUAUAUUUAAUUCAUCUACUGUACAUUUUGAUUAA